AUGGGUAUAUCUUGCAUCACAAGAAACACAUAUUCAAUCCUCCCUCUUCAACUUCUUCUGAUUCUUAUCAUCACCCCUUCAUCAUUUUCCUUUACUCCCACAGACAACGUCACGAAAGAAACCCUCAACAAACUCUGCUCAAAAUCAAUCCUUUACAAUCGUCGCUUUUGCGUCAAAUGGCUAACCGCUCAUAAUAGAACGACCUCGAUGAACAUCCGUGGCCUUAUGGAGCUUGCAGCCGAAAAAGCUCAAGCGUUUGGUCAGGAAAACCUAGAUCUGAUGGACCUCUUUGCAAAAAUCUCAGGUAAUGACAAGCAGUUCAAGAACGCUUGCGUUGAAUGUGUGAAUGGCUAUGGCACAGCGAUCAAAGAGCUUGAAGUAGCUAAAGAUUUUUUGAGAAAUAACUCGUUCCAACAAGCAUAUAACGCUGCUUACAAAGCACUUGAUUAUGCAUAUGUAUGCAAAGAUCAGUUCGAAGGACCUUCUAAUGAGCCGCCUUUUGUUUUGAAUCGCAGUGUGAAGUUUAUCGAAAUGUGUCACAUUGUUAGAUUUUUCACUAGUCUUUUCAAUUAA